UGUAUGGCAAAGUAGGGCGAAGGUCGCGGCUGCAAACCUUGUCCUGAGUGCGGGAGGCGGCUGUCACGGUGCGGAGUCCAGGGGCUACACUGCAGUCACCAUGUCCGAGAAGAAGCAGCAAGUGAUCAGCCCCGUGAAGAACUUCUUCGCCGGGGGCUUCGGGGGAGUGUGCCUGGUGUUUGUUGGACAUCCUCUGGACACCAUAAAGGUUCGGAUUCAAACACAGCCGAAGCCGGGCCCCGGGCAGCUCCCCUUGUAUUCGGGAACCUUUGACUGUUUUAAGAAGACUCUUGUAAAUGAGGGCAUCAAAGGUCUCUACAGGGGGAUGGCGGCCCCCAUCAUCGGCGUCACCCCAAUGUUUGCCGUUUGCUUUUUCGGUUUUGGUCUUGGGAAGAAACUCCAGCAGAAACAUCCGGAAGAAGUUCUCACGUAUCCCCAGCUGUUUGCAGCUGGUAUGUUAUCUGGGGUCUUUACGACGGCGAUCAUGGCACCUGGUGAAAGAAUCAAGUGCCUCUUACAGAUUCAGGCCGCCACCGGAGGGGUGAAAUAUAACGGCCCCAUGGACUGCGCCAAGCAGAUCUACAGAGAAGCUGGAAUUAGGGGAAUAUACAAGGGAACGGUGCUGACGCUCAUGAGAGAUAUGUUCCGCCAGUGGAUGUACUUUAUGACCUACGAAUGGCUGAAGAACGUCCUCACACCGGAGGGCCACAGUGUCAGUGAGCUGAGUGUUCCUCGAAUUCUUUUCGCCGGUGGUAUGGCUGGAAUCUUUAACUGGGCUGUCGCAAUUCCCCCAGACGUGCUAAAAUCUCGUUUCCAGACAGCGCCUGCUGGAAAAUAUCCCAAUGGAUUCCGGGAUGUCUUGCGUGAAUUAAUCCGCGAGGAAGGGAUCGGAUCGUUGUAUAAAGGCUUCACAGCCGUCAUGCUUCGGGCCUUCCCAGCCAAUGCUGUAAGCUGUUUCCUGGGAUUCGAAGUUGCCAUGAAGUGCCUAAACUGGGCGGCGCCAAACUUGUGAGAAUACCCACCUCGUCAUAGAAAACCGGCUGAAUUCAUGAUACCUUCCUUCGGGUAGAAUGAACUGUUCGCGAAUUAAACAACUUGCCUUAGACCUCCCCCGUGAUCAGCGGGGCUUCUCCAUGACCUGGUGCCGGGCCGGGGUACCGAAGUGGAAAAAAACUUGAAACCCAAACGUUUCGAAUGUAAGAAGCUGCUCGUGUUUUUACGGACUGCGAUGAAUUAGAUAUUAAUUUACAGGCAAUUUAUUUUUAUCUGGUAGAUCAAUAAGGCAAUGACCGGCGCUGACCUCUGUCUUAAUCUCCACUGGUGUUGCGCCGCAGGACCCGGGAAACAAUAUAUCUCUUCCCAUGUAGCAGAUUGUAUAGCAACGACCUGCAGCUGUCAAACCAUAAGCCAUAGAUGAGAAGACUGGGUACCUGUCCUGGCUUUACCUCACAGCACCCAGUGCCCAGCGCUGCUCCCCUCCCCAUAUGUGGGCACAUCUUUCUUCCAUCAAUGAUCGUGGGUAACCUGAGCAGCGCAAACCCCUAAAACGUAUACAGCUGCAGGUAUUAAAUGUCCGCACAUGGGCCGAGGAUUGCGCAAUGCCUCAUGACAUAUCAUCCCGGCCCUCAUGGCCUAUGAAUUGGUUUUACCCAUCCUGACGUGAAAUUUGGGGGCAAGGGAAAAGAUUUUAUAUUGUACGGACAUUUCUGUCAGCAGUAAAUCUUUGCCUUAAUCACA